AUGCAGUUAAAGCAGGGACAGAUGACUGUUGCUGAGUAUACUAGCAGGUUUGAGGAGUUAUGUCGCUUUUCUCGUAUUUGUCAAGGUGCGCCUGAUGAUUUUGCUGAGUGGAAAUGUAUUAAGUAUGAGGGAGUUCUUCGAAGUGAUAUUCUGAGCUUCGUUGCACCAAUGGAGAUCAGAGUGUUUUUCAGACCUGGAGAGAUCAGGAAAGGAACUUCGCCCCUAGAGGAUAGAGAUCAGGGAAGGAACUUCGCCCCUAGAGGACAAGAUUUUAAGCGAGGCGGUUACACCCCACAACCACAUUUGGGUCAGAAUAACUUCCAGAGAUUCAGUAAUAAUAACAGCCAGGGAAGAGGCAAAGGAAAGCAAGCUCAGACCCCACCGAAUGAUUUAACUUGUAGGAGGUGUGGAAAGUACCACCCGAUUACUCCGUGCAGGGCUGGUUUAGGUGUAUGCUAUUACUGUGGUGAAGCUGGGCAUUUGUCUUGGAAUUGUCCAGAAAAGAAGAAGAAUCAAGAAGCUGGAAAGGCACAACAUCAGGGACGCAUGUUCACUAUGACAACGGAUGGUGCUGGAACCGCAGAUACUCCGAUUAGAGGUAAUCAUGCACUGAUAAUCGAAAUUUCUGACUGCCUUGCGUAG